AUGAAUGAGACCUCCAAGAAGCCCAAGAAGCGCCCGGAGGAAGUGGCCGUGAAGCCCAAACCCUCGCCCUGUCUCUCCAUCUUUGAUGAGGAGCUGGACCCCGACGAGGGGCUCUUUGGCCCGGGCAGGAAGCCCUCUCCCCGGAGCCCCGCAGAGGACGCACCCCCCAGGGACUCCCUGAAGCUGUUUGACGAUCCUGACCUCGGCGGAGCCGUCCCCCUGGGUGACCCCUUACUGCUGCCAGCUGCCCACGAGAGUGGAGGACCCACGUCCCGCCCAGGCUGCAGGGAGGCCUCCGAGGAGCUGUUCAGAGUCGAAGAGGACUUGGACCAGAUUCUGAACCUGGGGGCUGAGUCCAAAGCCCAGCUUCAGCCGCAGCCCAAGCCCAAGCCUCCAGUGGCAGCUAAGCCAGCGCUACUCAGAAAACCAGCGGUUCCCCCCAGAGCGGGUUCAUCUGAGGCUGUGGCCAGGCAGCAGAAGCAGCAGAUCCAAGCCAUGGACGAGACGGACAUCUUACAGUACAUCCGGGACCACGACGCGCCUGGCCAGGCUGCCCCCAGCCUCUUCUGACCGCCCCCGAGCCCUGUGCUGUUCCUGAGCCAGCAGACUCUCUCCUGUGGAGGGGCACGUAGUGAGGUGCAGACUUGCUUGGCCCUGUAGGGCCAGAACCUCUAUUCCCAAGGGAGGGAGGGUGGAAGCCGGGUCAUAGGACCCCUGUACUGCCUGUUUCCUUUUUCUCAGGACUGUGGGUUCGUGGAAUCCUGCAAGAUGCAGAGAGCAAGGUCACUCUAGGAAUCGGAGCCUAAAUGGUCUCAGCCAUGUGGAUGUGGAGGGGAGAGCCUGUGGGGAUGCCUUGCUAACCAGGAGCCCAGCCCCCAGGAUGUCAUGAGACUGGGAGCACGGGGGGUGGGGUGGGGCAGGCAGGCUCCAUUUGGGGCGGGAAACUUUGUGCCCACUUGUGCCCACCGGCUCUGCCAGCCCCAGCACGGGAGGGAGGGCCUGGCCAACCUGGGGUUUGGGUGGGAGUCUCUAGUCACCAUGGCUCCUGGAGGCUUGCAGGCCCUGGCAGGGUCCCCAGUAGGGGGAUGCUGAGUGGGUGCCCAGGAGAGCCUGGCUAGGUGGGGUGGCCCAGCCACCUCCGGUUACCAGGUGCUAAGCACGGUGCCUUCCCAAGUGUCGGAGCUCAAGGGAGACGUCAGGCCCAGCCGUGCCUCUGGUGUGCAGAUGGCCUGACAAUCCCCAUGUCUUCCUCUCUCUUCCUUUCCUAGGGAAGGCCUGGCCAGACCACGGCCUCCUUGGGCCUCUGGCCAUAGGGCCGAU